UCUACCUUAAAUAUUUGUCAAAACUCUCUAUUUGGUUUAUUCUCUUCCGCUUCCUUCUCUCUGCUUUUGAAACAUUCCUGUGAGUGAAUUCGAUCGAAUAAAACAAAAGAGUGGGUAACAAAAUGGAUAUGGCGACGGUAACGAAAUAUCUGGAGAGAUCGGUGCAGAAUUCUUCACUGAGUAAUCGGAGAAGGAGUUUCGAAGAUGGGCUUAGUAUGACGGACGAGAGCGAGGGUGAUCAUGUCCCGAUCUCAGAUAGAUCCUUGGAGCUCAAUUCUCGUAUCUCUAUUCCUUCACAUUUGGAACAGUGUCUUGAUCUUAAGACAGGAGAUUUUUUCUACAUAAACCGGAACAGCAGAAUGAGAGUGAUGGAAGAUCCAAGGAACUCGGUUAGCUACAACAAUGCAGGUGAAUUUAGUGGAGAGUCUGAUGUAACUGUGUUUUCAGAAGAUGACAGCUUGUCCUAUUAUGAGAGCGAAGAGUCUUCAUCAGAGUCAUCAAGGGAGAGUCACAUAGAAGAGGAAGAAGAACAAGUUCUUGUGGUUGCUGGUUGCAAAGCUUGUUUAAUGUAUUUCAUGGUACCUAAACUCUUAAAUGAUUGCCCCAAAUGUUCAGCUCAUCUUCUCCGCUUUGAUCGACCUCACUCUGCUUCUCCUUAAACCUCUUAUUUACUGUUGUUUUUCCCUUU